CUCAUACAUACACAUACUUUCUCUCACACCCACCCCAUUUCUAUCUUCAUAUCUUUCUCAACAUUCACAGAGAGAAGAGAAGAGAAGAGAGAGAAGAGUGAGAUUCUGGAAAGAUCUUCGUCCCAGGGUUGCUUGGCUUUGUGUACUUUUGCAAUAAUUUAUUUGCAAACUUAGCUCUUACCGAUCUUGUCCACUCUUUUUCGUACGGUUUUUAGGACACUUGGAAGAAUAGUGGUACGUGCAAGGUGCUACUUUUGGUAGGCUGAUAUAUAAUUUGGCUAGAAGAAGUUCAGUAAUUGGAGAAGUAUAGAUUGAAAGAUGGGUUAUUUAUGUGAUUUUUGUGGGGAACAAAGGUCCAUGGUAUAUUGCCGGUCGGAUGCUGCUUGCUUAUGUUUGUCAUGUGACCGAAAUGUCCACUCUGCUAAUGCCCUAUCCAAACGCCACUCAAGAACACUAUUAUGUGAAAGAUGCAACUCGCAACCUGCAUUAGUAAGAUGUGCCCAAGAGAGUGUCUCUCUUUGUCAGAAUUGUGAUUGGAUGGGUCAUGGCACUUCUACCUCAACCUCAACACAUAAGAGACAGCCCAUCAAUUGUUAUUCUGGAUGCCCGUCAGCUGCAGAACUUUCUUCAAUCUGGUCAUUCGUUUUAGAUAUCCCUUCUGUGGGUGAAUCUACUUGCGAGCAGGAACUGGGAUUGAUGAGCAUAACUGAGAACAGUGGAAAAACUGCUUGGGGCCCUACAGAAAACAACAUAACCCAAAAUGUAUCUAGUUCUGUUGAAUUGAAUGAUGUGUGCAGCAUGGAGAAGUCCAGUUUCUGGGUUGGGUCAUCUUCGGUGCCUGAAGUUAACUCUGGGCAUCACAUUCUAGACCAGCCGGGUGGAUUCGCAUAUUCAUCCUUGCCCAAGGUAGGCUGUCCUGGGACAAAAGGUCCUGGACUCUCUGAAGAAAAUUAUCUCUAUGAUGAUUUCGAUAUGGAUGAAGUGGAUUUGGAUCUUGAAAACUACGAAGAACUCUUUGGUGUAGCACUAAGUCAUUCUGAAGAGCUUUUUGAGAAUGGUGGGAUUGAUAGCUUGUUUGGGAUGAAGGACAUGUCUGCUGCUGAUUCCAGUUGUCAGGGUGCAGUUGCUGCUGAGGGGUCGUCAGUUGGACGUGUCAAUGCAACACAGCCAGCAUGCAGCAAUGCUGCAUCUGCUGAUUCAAUGAUUAGUGCCAAGACUGAACCGGUACUUUGUUUUACGGCGAAGCAAGGGCAUUCAAGCCUUUCAUUUUCUGGUCUUACUGGAGAGAGUAGUGCUGGGGAAUAUCAGGAUUGUGGGGCUUCUUCAAUGAUUCUCAUGGGAGAGCCUCCAUGGGGUCCUCCAUGCCCGGAGAGUUCCUUCAAUUCUGCUAACCGUAGUGAUGCUGUUAUGCGUUACAAGGAAAAGAAGAAGGCACGCAAGUUCGAGAAAAGAGUGAGGUAUGCCUCUCGCAAAGCAAGAGCUGAUGUAAGAAGGCGUGUUAAGGGACGCUUUGUCAAAGCUGGUGAAGCUUAUGAUUAUGAUCCAUUGAUCCAAACCAGAAGCUACUGAGAGGGCCUUGGUUUUCAUCAGGAGAAAAUGGUGGAUAUGAAAUGCUGGGUUCAAAUGUUUUAGCAAGAAAGUUCGGGAGCAGAAUUUUGAUCCUCCAUCACACUAUAAAAGGAUUGAUGGAUUGUGACACCAUCCAAAAAAGACCACGCCACCACCCCUAAAGGCUAUGGGUUUUUGUUUCCUUGUCUUUGUGCAGUUACUCUCUAGGAAAGGAUAACCUUAUUGGUUUUUUCCAGCCAUAAUACCGUAAUAAUUAGUAUUUCUUGUAUUCCUUGCUCUGGUCACCUCUAUAAAUGCUGUUGCCAUGGCUGGCAUGGUGGGGGUGGCUGUUCUCUCACAUUUGCCAGGUCAACUAAAAAGCUAGCACUUGUAAUGCUCUCAUUUCUUUUUAAUUUCCCAUGUACAGCGUAGGAUCUUUAUGUUCGCCUAAGUUAGUGUUGUUGUAUCUGCUCAAAACAAUACAAAAAAGAAAAAAAAAAUGUUGUACAUUUCGUGAACAUGUAUAUCACGGGAUUAUAUAUAUGCUUUUGAGAGGAGAUAGUCUAGUGGUUUCACAUCAGUGUAAGAAUUUACUUAUUUUGAGUUGCCAUGAAAGGACUGAAAGAUGGUUUACUUCUCUUGUAUAUUGUAUUUUUGUUCUAAUGACGUGGUCAUUUUGUUCUA